UCAGUUGCUCAAUAGCCGUCCUCCGCGAAUGACAUGGAAUUCGCCGAUGUAAAAGUAAACUCGGCUCCAAUCGUCUAAGUGGGUGGUGUUAGUUCUACGAAUGUAGUUUUCCUUCUGGAGUGUCCUGAUAGGGUAGAGUAGUUUGUACGGAAGAGAAUUUAAUUGCGGUGAAUUUGCAAUCGGAAAUACCACAUUUAGAGGAAUCAGUUCUAACGAGAAUUGACAGCUGCUUGUGAAUAAUUUCAAACGCAUAAAAUUUUCAUGCAACGAUAAUCAAAGUUACGGUGAGGAAAUGUGAAAACUUGUUUUCCAUUCGCCGAGAUUGAGUCAACAAAGUGGGAAAGCGCAUGAAGAGUGACCGUAUAAAAUUGGGCAAUCGAGUCCGGUUGUAGAUUUACUACUUGUGAGUGGCGUUCAAUCUCUGUGACCAUGUAGGUUUCCGAACCAAACAGCGGUUCCCUGAUCUGAGGCUUGGCAUCAGGAGUGUGUGUUCGCGAAUUUACUACCAAAGAACAGACGAAACCAAGUGUCCAGUCAAUUUAUGCACAUGUUUGCAAUGCGUUUGGCCCUCUCGAAGAAUUACCAAUAAAAGUUGAUAGUCUACACAAGUAGCGAAGUGCCAGAGAGCCCGCGAGUGUUUGAAGCAGCCCGAAAGUGAAUGCCAAGAGGUGGUUCUUCGUUGCUGAAGAGCAUAAGUGAAGUAGCAUAAAAUCAACACUUGUACAAAUUGUUUAAUUUUUUCAUCGGCCGAGUGCGACGGCGACGCGUGAUUGUUCGUGCACAUACGGCUGAACCAGCUGGUGGGUACCGGAGAAUUAUUGGCUAACAGCAUACCGGUUCGGCCAUCACGAGUGGCAACGGUGGAAAAAUGGUGCAAUGGACACUGGUGUGGGCCGGUAUCGGCGUCCUAACGGCCAUCUCGGGUGCCCUGCUCGGAUGGGUUGUGUUUCCUGGGGCGGUGCAUGAUAAAAUCCUCGAGAAUACAGAACUGCGGCAAGAAACGCCACAAUUCAAACGAUGGGAGGCAAUACCCCAACCUCUGGACUUCAAGGUUUACAUAUUCAAUGUGACCAAUCCGUACGAGGUGCAAAUGGGUCGACGACCUCGAGUGGUCGAAGUGGGACCUUAUAUUUAUUUCCAAUAUCGCCAUAAGGACAAUGUUCGGUUCAGCAGAGACCGAUCCAAGGUCCACUUCUCCCAACAGCAGAUGUACGUCUUCGACGCCGAGUCGUCGUAUCCCCUGAGUGAAAACGAUCCACUAAUGGUGCUUAAUAUGCACAUGAAUAGCAUAUUGCAAAUAAUCGAUACCCAAGCAAAGGAAACCAUCACAAACUUUCGCUCCGAUGUUAACAAUACUCUCGAAAAAAUUCCCGUAGUUAGAGUCAUUAAACGAAUAAUAGAGAAAACGACGCCAAUCCAAUCGAUCCUGCAAAUCGCCGAAGACGAAACCUACGACAGUCUGCGGUUGAUCAACGUCGAACUGAACCGUAUCUUCGGCCGGCCGGACUCCAUGUUCCUGCGGACAACUCCGCGGGAGUUCCUGUUCGAGGGUGUCCCCUUCUGCGUGAACGUGAUCGGCAUCGCCAAAGCGAUCUGUAAAGAGAUCGAGAAGCGGAACACCAAAACCAUCCGGGUGCUGCCCGACGGGUCGAUGAAGUUUUCGUUUUUCAACCAUAAAAAUAUGACUGAUGAUGGUACUUACACGAUCAACACCGGGAUCAAGGACCCAGCGCAGACACAGAUGAUCGAGUACUGGAACGGAAGGUCUAUGUUGGACAGGUGGAUAAAUCAGUCUGCGGGAUCGUCAUCGAAGUGCAACAAAAUCGUUGGAACAGACGGUUCCGGGUAUCCCCCGUUUCGGGAAGGAGUCGACAAGAUGACUAUUUUUAGCUCCGACAUUUGUAGAACCGUUGACAUCAAGUACGUGGGUCCAUCAAGCUACGAAGGAAUUCCCGCGUUACGGUUCGAAACGGACAGCCAUUUCUUGAACGAGAUUGGGCCGGAAUAUGGCAACGAUUGCUACUGUGUCAACCGAAUACCGAAGGCGAUCGUUAAAAGCAACGGUUGUCUCUACAAAGGAGCGUUGGACCUGUCAACAUGUUUCGAUGCCCCCGUCGUUCUAACGCAUCCCCACAUGAUGGGCGCGGCAAAAGAGUACACCAGUCUGAUUGAUGGGCUACAUCCCGAUCCAGACAAGCAUCAAAUCUUCGUUGACGUGGAACCGCUCACCGGAACUCCCCUAAAUGGAGGCAAGCGGGUUCAGUUCAACAUGUUUCUACGAAGGAUCGAUUCGAUUCGCCUGACGGAUCGUCUGCAAACCACCCUUUUCCCGGUGCUGUGGAUCGAGGAAGGAAUCGCCCUGAACGAAGACAUGGUCAAACUGAUCGACGACAGUUUGAUGAAGAUCCUCACCCUGCUGGACAUUGUCCAGUGGGUCAUGAUCGGGUUCGGUUUGCUGUUGGCGAUCGUCAUGCCGAUCGUGUACUUUAGCAAACGGAGACAACCGUCGGGGUCGAUUACGCCGACCCUCACGACCACAACCAGUACCGUGAGCAUUUCGGAGGGCGGUGGACUGGGGGGAAACCCGCAAAAAUGACAGUCUCUGACUAUGACCUUUCUGGACUGAUCCGACAGGGAAAGAGUGCGGUAAGUUGAUCGGGUGAAAUGAUGAGAUUGAGCGUGAGCGAUCGAGUGAACGAGUAUCAAGUGCCAACACCAUAUGAAGCAAAGUGCAGCAACGCAAGCGGUUCGCUAUUGUGCAUUUCAGUGCAAACUAAGUCAUUCCGAUUCCGUCCAUUUUAGGGGUAUAUGAAUCAUGAUUCUUUUUUAAUUCAUACAGUAGAAGGCAGUUACAAAUAGCUAAUUUUAUGUGAUUUUUGUACAUAAGUAAAAUGUGUUACCAUAA